ACUCACAAACAAAUAAGUCAAUCACAAAUAUAGCUCUCUAAAAGCAAGAUACACAAAAUAUUUAAACAUUUUCAUUAUUUAAACAAUAUUUAAAUAAUUAUGGAUCACAUUACCAAGCGUUAUAGUGUUUCACCUAUCCUCCAACAUCAUUUAUCAACUUAUACAACACUAUGGGUGAAAUUCUCCAAGCCCCAACAUGUCACCUUCGCCGGCCGAGACACAAUCUGCUUAACAAAUGGCUGUCAAAUCCUCGUCCAUAAUUUAUCCACGCGUACCGAGCAAAUAAUCAACGCAAAUAAUGAACAAUUGGGUGAUGGUGUUUCUUGUGUUGGUGGACAUAAGACGCAUCCUUUAUUAGCAUAUGCGGAACGCCGUGAAUCGCCACGAGUGUUUCUAGUGCGCACCAAUGACUUAAUCUACGCGCCUGGGUUGAAAUGCAACUUUAUUGAUAUCUCAGCGUUGACAUUUUCGGAUAGUGAGUUGUUGUUUGGGCUCAGUGGGUAUCCGGAGUGUUCUUUGGUUGUGUGGAAGUGGAGGACUGGGGAGAUUAUGAGUGAGACGGCUACAGGGAUGUUUUUUGAUAAGAAUGUUUACUUAAAAUGUGGAUUUUCUACUCAACCAAUAUACUUAUCACAACUGAUAAUCAACACAAGUGAAUUAAAAAUGUGGGAAAUCGCUUGUUGUGGCAAAAGAUGCAUUCUGAAAGGAGAAAUGGUGACUUUUGCCGCUGAAGACCCAAGAUUAAGGAUUAAUCAACUAAUGUGGUCCACAGAUGGCUCUUGUUUCGCUCUAGAUACAACAGGAAACGUAUUUAAGUACGAUUUUGACACAUACACAAUGAAUAACAUAAUAACCGCCAACCCAAGCCCGAUAACAAUCUCAACAGCAUUCUGCUGGUGGAAAAAUGGUUUACUAGUCCAAGGAUCAGACAAAACCCUCAGACAUUACUUAAAAGACAAAGAAUACAAAUUACACUGGUCCUCAACAAAACAACCCCACUUCACAAAGAUGUACGCCACACCAAAACGCGACCAUCUUGUCGUCAUAACCUCAACUGACGAUUUACUCCUCUACGAAGCCAACACCCACACCUACCCACACUUACGCUCCGACGAAUCAGCAAUCACACACUUCGAAUUAAUCCCACCACAGAAUGAACUCAUCAUUACCCUCGGCAAAAACAUAACCUUAUCACUCUGGGAUACUGCAACAGGUGUAUUAGUACAUUCAGUAACACUAGACAUACCUGCAACCCACCUUGCAUGCAACGCCACCUAUCCAUACGUCACUCUAUCAUUCUCCACUGGAGUAUUAAAACUUUAUGGUGUAAUACGUAAAGUUCUACAACCACUGUGUCAAUUUAACCUUACAAAAUCCCCGAUAGAUGAGGUUAAGUAUUUCGAACAGAAUAAAAUCAUCGCUGCUGUUAGUAAGGAUCAAGGAGAGAUUUUUGUUAUUGAAGGCGUGCCAGGAGGAAAGUUUAAAGUCCUUGCUGGAGUGUUACACGAUGCACAAAUAGCUGAUUAUAUUGUUGUGGGUGGAAGAAGUUGCCUAAAAGUAUUUCUGAUUCCUGUGACAAGUGAUCGAUAUUUAGCAGGAAAUAAAUUGAUAAGAUAUUGUGUGAUAAGACAUCAGGAACCCACGAUGAAGACUUAUCAUCUUGAAAAUAGUGAUAAAUUGUAUACUAACCUAUAUGUCAGUCGACAUCAGACCAAUAGGGAUCGAGUAUUCUAUGCGUCACCGUUUGACAAUAAGAAUCUGCAUGAAUUGGAGGUUAAACGCGGUGAAACACUCGCAAGGAUUAUCAACCGUUUUCGUUCUAAUCACAUGUUAAGGCAUAUUCACUAUGUUUUUGAUUCGCAUUUUGUGUUAUCCUUUGGUUAUGACGGUAUAGUUAUCCUGAGGAAUGUAAAUUGGGAAAUUGAACAUGUGCUUGUGCCACAUCAUCGGUUUGAUGGUGGAAUUAUCUCCACAGCUUACGAUCCGUAUAAUCAUCGAUUAUUUACGCUUGGGAGGGAUGGGCUUUUGAUGUGUAAUGAGUUGCCUGGAUCUGCUAUAUCUAGUAGGACUCAGGCGUUGCUUUAUGCUAAGAAUGAAGAGUUGAUGGAUUUGUUUAAGACUAAUACUAUUGGAUUUAAUCCUAGAGGUAUUUACGAAGGUGUAAAUUGGUUAGACUACAAACGCCUCCUAAAAAUCGACCAGGAACGCUUGCAAUUCAAAGACCAACGCAAACAAAUCAUCGAAAACUUCAACGCAAUCAAAGAAGUCGCCGUAAUCCUCCUAAAUCAUAACCUAGAAGGACCAAAAAACGAGCGCUUAGAACUACAAGAAUUCAAUUUAGAUCUCCAACGUAAAGAAGACUUAACACGUGCUGCCACCUACAACUGUGAAAAACUAAAAAUAUACCUCGAAAAAGUCAUCCUGGAACAAGACAGGAUUAGUUUUGCAAUCAAAAAAAAGUAUUGGGAUCCAAUUGAUGAACCCACAAAGAAUCUCUGGGCGAUUUUCGGUAACUUUGACGUGCAGAGCUAUGCAGUGCUGCCACCUGACAUGGACGAAGCAGAAAAACUUGAAAGGAUACAGGGAUAUCGCGAAAUUGAAACAAUAUGCGCAAAAGAUGACAGUUUUAAGCCUUGGACAUACUUAACAGACCAACAAAAGGAAUCCUUACCAAAUGCAUUUCCAACUCUCCGUGAAGAUAUAACAGCCAUAAAUGUAGAUUUAGACGAAGAUGAAUCCGUAAGUAAUGCAGAAGAUCAAGAAAACGAGUAUGAAACAUACGUAGCAUUUUAUGGAUCAUCUGUACCUCUUUAUAUGAAGUUAGUUGGUGCGCAAUAUGAGCAAGCGGAAGUUCAGACGUUUUUACAACAAGAAUGGAGUUAUACUGUUUCUAUGGAUCAACAACAACAACUCCGGAAUUACUUCAAUAAAGAAUUCGAAUUGUGUGUGCAACAAAAAGUCAAGGAAAUGGGCAAUAUCAUCGAGCGUAACGCCCGUCUGCGUUACAUAAUCGCUGAAAUGAACUAUUUCUCCAUAGAUCAAUGCGAUAUCAACCCAAGAGAUCCUGUUUGGAGGCAGGAUGAACAACCUGAGUUAAUCACAAAAGUUGAGAAUUCCGAGGUAGGCAUCCUUCCUUACAUCUCGCCUAGCGAGCAGGCUUUCCUUGACUCCAAAGCUGCGGAUGAGGAACGCAUUCGAUUAUUGCUACUCGCUGAUGAUUUCAAAGAACGUGCGUUGAUGAAAAUGAUGAAUGGAGUGUUGGAAGUCCGUUGGGAGGAUGAAUUACGCAGAGAAAUACCAAAACCUAAGUGUUUGUUAGAGAAACGUCCUGAGAAUUAUAAUGAAGAAGAUUUGAAGCAGAUUAGAGAAUAUGAGGAGCAAGUUGCCUUCAUGGCGAGUGAAAGGAAACGGUAUAAGACUAUUAUGAUCGCGGAGUAUGCCAAGGUAGGCAACCAGUUACGCGAGGGUGUCAAACGCUUCAAUGAGAGGUUGAAAGAUUUACUCGUGAAGAAAAUACAAAUUGAUUCAGCGUUGACUAAUGAAUUAUUACGCAUGCAUCGAUUGAGAGUUAAAGGAUUGAAGAGGCAAGCCACGAAUGAAGCUGAGAAUAAAGCUGAGUUAGAAAUUGUCAAAAAUGAGAAGAAGACUGAUGAGAUGGCGCAGUUAAUCAGUAGUUUGAAUUCUUAUGAUACUGAUAUGAAGAUAACGCUUGAAACACUCUUGUUAAAGGAGAGAAUUGUUGAGAAAUCAUUCAAAAGAGAAUUUCAGGAUUAUUCUCCAGCGCAGUUUGAAGUGUUAACUAAGCUUUAUAAAAAACGUCCACGAUUGAACUUUAAACUGAUUACUUCCGCGUGUAGUCUGCAGGAAAUCGCAAAAGUAAUCGCCACUAAUUGUGAUCCGAUGUUAUUAUUUGAUGAAUCAUUGGAAUUCAUUAAAAAUCUUGAAUUAAUGGAUAAAUAUGUCGGAAUUCCCAACAUAAUAGAUCAAGCGUUGUUCCAUAACUUGGUUAGGAUCAGAAGAUUAAAGAUUGAGAGUGAAUUGAAGGUUAGGGCAUGUCAAAUGGAGAUAGCUGAAGCUGAAGCAACACUACAAAUGUUCCAUUUGCACCAUUCAAGGUACAAAGAGCGUGGGACACAGUUUCUUUUGAGGUUAGAAGAUGUCCGCCAUGAAAAAGUUCAAAAUCUGUUAAAUAUGGAGCUGCAACUUGUAAUGAAGCAAGCCUAUGUGGAAUUACCUCGUCAAGGAAGUCUUUCUGAUUUUGAAGACGCCAUUUUGGUUAAUCGUAAAGUCGUAGAGGACAUCAACGCCAUUAUUAGGGAGACAGGUUAUAAAAAAGUCAAAGCAAUGCGGAAUGCUUUACAAUUUCGUAAGGAGAUUAUGAUUAAAGAGUGGCAACACAAGAAGAAAAAGAUGGAAAUAGCUGAUCUUGAACACGAAUUAGUUGAUAUAGGAUCCAUUAAGUUAACGAAAGAAAUCCAACAAUUUCUUAAAAUGCGUUCUCGUGGUGAGCAAGAAAAAACUGUCGCGUUUGAACAUGAAUUAGAAUUACUACGAGAGCGUUAUAAUCGGCAAAUAUGUCAACGACACGGAGAAGUUGAUGAUUUAAAGGAAAAAGUUGACGCGUUAAUCGCGGAGAAUAAAAGAUUAAACAGGGAAAUUAUGCUUGUAAAUAUCGAUGUUUGCGAGUCAAGUCUACAAGUAGAUCCGAAUUUAGGCGAAAAAGAAAAGAAAUUUAUCAAUAUGAGAAUUCAAGCAAAUUUAAAGAGAUCUCGAAUGGUGAAUCAAAUACAAAACAACCACAGUGAAAUAAUGAUGUUACAAGCUGAAUUAGAACUGUGUCGAUUAAGAACAGUGCCGAUCUUGGACUAUAAAGUCCAAGAAUGAGUAUUUGACAUUUGGUGCAUUACUGGUUGCCUACGUUAAAGUACAACAUUAGUAUAACACAUGUCAGUUGACGUGAGUGAACCAACAGCAAGAAAAACAUUAAAAAACGUGGAUUUUCAGUGAUUAAGAGUGAAUUAAACACAGUGACAUCAAAAAUUAAAAGUAUAUUUGGUAAAUGCA